CUUUGGUAAAUGUUUUUCCUGAAAUCGCGAGACACUUAAUUUUCGGGCAGAGAAAAUAUUCACAGAAAUAUUUUACAUAUCUGUAGCUUAUCUUAUCGUCAUAAGUUUGAUUCCUUGUCUUGGCACUCGUAUUUAAAUCUGAAGGUAUUACAUAAUUAUAUGUGUUGUUAAGAGGUCUACGCUAGAAUAGCCUAAUUUCACCAGUUCAUAAUUAUUGCAAAGUGCUCAAAACGAUGCUGCCUCUUCCGUUUUAUAUCGUUGGGAUUUGUUUUGCCAUUACGAUGUUCUGGAAGACCUUUCGCCGACGAUACCGUCUUCCUCCUGGUCCGCGUUUCGAAUGGCCGAUUGUUGGUAGUGCUAUGAAUCUCGGCAGUCUGCCACAAGUGACAUUAACCAACAUGUCGCAACAGUAUGGACCAGUUUUUUGCCUUCAUCUGGGACGCGAUCUCGUUGUUGUAUUAAACGAUUAUGAAAGCAUUAAGAAACUCUUAAGUGUAGAAGAAACCACGGGGCGCCCCAGGAAUACCACGCUGGAUUUAAUGUUAGGAGGGAAUGCCGGUUUGGCGUUCAGUGAUGGAGAUCUCUGGAAAGAACAUCGCCGUUUCGCAUUAACGGCUUUGCGGGAUCUGGGGAUGGGCAAAUCCUGGCUGCAGGAACAAAUCCUGGAUGAAACUAAUCGACUAAUUGAGGCACUCGCAGCCACCAACGAGCAGCCGAUUGAUCCGCAUCACCUGGUUAUUACAACUAUCUCCAAUUUGAUCUGUGCCACAUCUUUCGGGAAACGGUACAACUAUGACGAUGCAGAUUUUCGCGCAUUAUUGCGGAAUGAACAUCAGUACGAGCAGCAGCUGAGUCAGAUGAGCAUCCUCGAUUUAUUUCCUAUCCUACGCUUCGUGCCGCCAUUUCGAGAAGUUUUUGAGCGACGGAUGAAGGUCAUUCAAAUCAGGCGCGAACAUAUGCAACGUGUUAUUAACGAUGCGAGAAGUUCCGGUAACAAAGACGGACAGCGGUUGGAUUAUGUGAAUUUGUUUAUGGAAGAAAAGAAGCGCCAACGGGACGAAGGCGCUGAUACUACCUUCGAUGACGAACAGCUUUUACGGUGUGUGGCUGACCUGUUCGGCGCCGGUACCCAGACUACUGCAAAUUCUAUCUUGUUUGGUUUGCUGCUCAUGGUGGAGAACCCCGACGUUUUGCGCAAAGUUCAAGCAGAACUGGACUCGGUGGCUGAACGAAACGAGCAGAUUCUUGUCGAGCAUAAAGACCAUCUACCUUACACCGAGGCCGUGAUCAUGGAAAUCCAACGGCUGAUCCCCGUUGUCCCACUGAGUCUUCUUCACCGGACAACAGCGCCCAUCGCUUUCGACGACUACAUCUUCCCGUCAAACACUUUAAUCAUUCCCAACAUUUACGCCGUUCAUCACGAUCCAAAAUUGUGGGGCGAAGCGGAAGCUUUUAGUCCCUCACGUUUUGUGGAUAGCGACGGGAAGUUUGCAAAAUCCCCUUAUGUCCUCCAUUUCUCUUUGGGAAAACGCGCGUGCCCAGGGGAAGCAAUGGGCCAAGCGGAGCUCUUCUUGGUGCUGGCCAAUAUAUUGCAUAAAUUUGAUUUGCUUAUUCCCGAGGGUGUGCAUGUUUCCUCGAAGAAUUUGGCGGUUAAUUUAACAGUUGUUCCAAACCCGUUCCAGUUGAUUUUUAGGCGGCGCUUAUAA